AUGUCCGACGUAUACUUUCUGAGUGAAUCCAGUGGAAGUAGGAAGUCAUCGCUUGUAGAAUCCCUGUUUAAACCAAACGAACCUUCGACUUUUCCACUGAGUCCCAAGCUCCGCCAUGACCAGCUAAUCGGUCUCAGUCAUCGCCGGCUCGGCACCCGAGGAUCUUCAUUCUCGCGAGUGCAUUCCUACCUCAGACAGCUGUCCAGCAGUGAACAUGAAGAGAAAAUAGCACUAGCACGAGGCUCGCCGGGACAAAACCUCCGUCGGCGAUUGAGGCAGCCGAGAUACCGGGCAUUACUCCUGCUGCUGAUAGGCUUCUUAGCUUACCAGUGCCUAUCCCGAUUGAUCUGGGCGGUUACCCACUCGGCUAGUCCGCCAACAUCCAACAUCUUACCUGUACUCUCCCCCGACGAUCCUCACCCACUUGGAAACAUAAUCCAGGACGCUCAAAAAUCCUGGGAAAUCAUCCAAAAGCGCCAGAGUAAAACAUAUGAAGCAGCCGUUAUAGAGUAUCGACGCAGGUACAAAAUCAGUCCACCAAGCGGCUUCGACAAGUGGUUUUCAUUUGCCAAAAGUCAUGGACAUGUCCUAACUGAUGAGUACGACUCGAUGAUGGAGCAGCUCGCAAGUUUUCGGAAGAUGGACCGAAAUGACCUACACUCCCGAACGAAUCAGGUAGGCAAGGGAGAGGGAAGGGUUUAUACUCGUUGGGCAACCACUAAUCGACCUGCACACAAAGAAUUGAAACGAACUCAAACUUGGACGUUCUCCAAGUUGAUCGAGAAAAUCACCCGACUUGAUCCGACGCUCUUUCAAGAUAUGAGUCUGGCUGUCAAUGAGCAUUUCGAACCUCGUGUUGUGAUACCUUGGGAGACCCAAGAGAACUCAGACGAGGACUCUAACAAAAGCUGGAACCACAACAAAUUUGAAGGCCAUGAUAAUGCGUGGACCACCUUCCGAAAAAGCUGUCCUCCCAGCUCAAAAGCUCGCGAGCAAGAAGACGCGCUGGACUUCCCAGGAUACACGAAUUCUUCGAUCGAAGGAAGGUGGGGUGAUAGACUUCAAAAACCCGGACUAGGAAAAUCUACUUCGGCCACCUCUGCCCCUAUGCGAUUUGUGACCGACUCACCCGCUCCGAUCAAGGACAUCUAUUGCAAUUCGCCUGAGCGUCGCAUCGAGCAGGGCUUGUUCUUUAGCAACACCACAAAGAUCUCAGGCUUGUUUCCUGUGUUCUCUCAAUCGACCGCUCAGGGCUUUGGGGAUAUUGUCAUACCAAGUUACUUGUACAUUCGCGAUCCCUAUAAAACGCGGGAGUAUGCUAAUGAGCCAGUGACCAAGAGAAGCAGAGGAAGGAGCUUCAUAGCUGGUGGACAAGCAAGUCACCUGGAUCCUAGUCAGUGGAAAGAAUGGGAUGUCACGUGGGAGAAGAAGAAUAAUCAAAUCUAUUGGAGAGGUCUUCUGCAUGAUGGUGGAGAGAAUCCGGGCGGUUUUCAAUCCAACUUCGGACCCACCAAAAAAUCGAUUUUUGGAUCCAAGAACUCUGGGCUGAAUUCCAUGUUGGGUAUAGGCACGCCCAACCCGAAGAUGAUCACCAAGGAAGGCUUAGACAGAUCGUUCCUCAACCACAAAACUAUGGAUGUCGGAUAUUUGGCAGGAGACCACUGCAGAAUUCAUGAGCCUUGUCAAGAACUCUUGAAAGCGAACUACCGUCUCAAAAUGUGGGAGCCAUUUGGGGCUGCCAAAUUUUUUAAAUGGUCCCUUGACCUGGAUGGUAUUGGAUUCUCCGCCAAAUUUCUCAAUUUACUUCAAGUUGGGACAGCGGUGGUUAAGCAGACAGUCUACCGAGAGUUUUACAGCGAUUGGAUGGUUCCUUGGGUACAUUACAUUCCAUUGAGUGUCGAGGGAGACGAGUUAUACAAUCUUUGGAAUUACUUCCUCGGGAAGGAUGACGGAGUUUUCAUGGAGAAACAAAAACACCUUCGCAAGGAAGGCUGGAAGAUAGUCAACCAUGAAAAUAUUUUAAAGCAAAUUGGACGUGAUGGAUCCAAAUGGAGCAAAGCACAUGUCCGCGAAAUCGACUGGGAAAUUUACUCUUAUCGGCUUUUACUCGAAUGGAACCGAAUUUGGAAUGGUUCUGAAUAA